AUGGCAGAAAUACCUGGGUGCCUGGGCCAUCUAACGCCCUCAGAAAAGCUCAAGCUGCAGCAAGCUUGGGCCCAUCUAAUCCGCCUCGGCGCUUCCAGCGCUUCCAAGUCGCUCCUUGAGGGCAAUACGCCAGGUACCCCUGAAGAUUCCAAGGAGUUUAUGCGUCACCUCAACCCAACCACUCUUGGCGACUUCAGCAAGUUCCUGUGGCGGUGCAUUUGCAUUGAACAUCCGGACGCCCUGGUCCUUCGAUUCCUCCGUGCACGCAAAUGGGACGUCGAGAAAGGUGUGGCUAUGCUCGUGUCCGCUGUGAUUUGGCGCCAGGAGGCACGCAUUGAAGAGGACAUUGUCCAACAAGGGGAGGCUGUUGGCUUGAAGGAGUCGCCAUCCGCCGAGGAAAAGGGUUUCAUUGACCAGUACCGGACUGGGAAGAGUUUCGUCAGAGGUGUUGACCGGGAAGGACGCCCGGUCUUCACCGUUAAAGUCCGAUUGCAUGAUCCACACAAGCAACCGAGCAAGUCUUUGGAAAUGUACAUUCUCCACACCUUUGAGAGCAUGCGCAUGUUAGUCCAGCCUUCCAGUGACAAGGCUUGCAUCAUCUACGAUAUGACCGGCUUUGGAUUGCGGAACGUGGACUUGCAUGUAGUCAAAUUCCUUACCACCGUUUUUGAAGCGAGGUAUCCCGAAACUUUGGGGGUCGUUUUGAUCCAUAAUGCGCCAUUUGUCUUUUGGGGGGUUUGGAGAGCUAUGAAAGGCUGGAUGGACCCGGUUGUCGCAAGCAAGAUUCAUUUUACGCGCACCAAGGCUGACCUGGAGCGUUUUAUCACUGCUGAAAACCUCUCUAGCGAUUUGGGAGGAGAGGAUGAAUGGGAAUAUAAGUAUAUCGAUCCUAUUCCUGGGGAGAAUGAUCGCAUAGGUCAGGUUGAGGAGAGAGUUAGAAUACAGGGGGAGAGAGAUCGGCUGGCAUCUGACUUUGAACGGCUCACUUUCGAAUGGAUUACGUGCGAUCCCUUAUCUGACAGUGCCAAAGAAAAAGAAGCCCUGCGUGAUCGUGUUGCUGGUAAAUUGCGGGAAAAUUAUUGGCGGCUCGACCCCUAUCUCCGCGCAAGGAAUUACUAUCACAGGGUCGGAGUCGUUGACGAGGACGGUCGUGUUGAUUUUCAAGCCGCUUUGUAG